AUGGCUACGGUCGACCCUUCCAUUCUAAGACUGUCAUUGGAAAGAUUGUUGGCAGAAUCACAAAGGAAUCAGAAGGAUUUGCGAGACUCAUUGAGAGCUGCAUUGGAUCAGCUCAAGAUCGAAACAGAUCAGAAUCAAUCAAAGGAAUUCUCUCCAAACAUUGCUGAUUCAUAUUGGCAACCAUUUAAAUUGGGUUGUCAGCCAUCAUGUCCUCCCAAAGUCCGUGAAAUCGCUCUCGAUGGUAUACAAAAGCUGAUUGCUCACAACUUGUUGAGGGGUUCUCUGCCCAUCACAAGAAUAUCGACUACAGCCGCAACAUUAGAUGGAGGUCUCAAGUCCGCUAAAUUGUUUGGUACAGACUUGGACGCUGUAGUAUCAGCAACAACAGAAUCGUCAUCGUCAUCCGUACCUCCAAGUCCAACAGUAUCUGCUUCGUCACCCAUGUCACCAAAGAAAGCCACACUCCCAUCAUCGCCUAGUGGUGGGCACAUAUCCAGCUCACUAGAUCAACCUUUAUAUCUUAUUGACGAAAUCAUACAAUCUGUAUGCGCUUCGUUUACAGGGCCGACAACAGAUGAAGGCAUUCAACUACAAAUAUUGAAGGUGCUCUUGACGGCCGUCACAUCAACAGCAUGUGAAGUACAUGAUACAUCUCUGAUAAAAGUAGUACAGACAUGCUUUAACGUCCACUUACAUUCACGAAAUACCACCAAUCAAGUCACUGCCAAAGCAUCCUUGACACAGAUGAUUAAUCUCAUCUUUUCAAGAAUGGAACGAUACGCUGAUGUAUUAGCUAAAAAUGUAGAGUCUGGUGUUGUUGGGGCAGAGAUUGUUUUACAUAAUCUAGCAGAAACUCCUGUCAGCCCUCCAUCGACGAACGAAGUCCCGGUGGCCAAUGGUAUAACAGGUGCUGCUGUCGUAGCAGAACCUGCUGUUACUACAGAAGGGUCCGUGAUGGCCGAGUCAGAUACUCCAGCAUCAGUGGAUCAUAGAACUUCCACAACUGCCAAAGGUGAUGACGGCGAUGCAGCAGUCAUACCGCCUGUCAAUGGGAAUCAUCAGCAUAUAGAACAGGCACCCGAAUCAACGACAAUAGCACCGAAUACAGAAACCCCAGUCUCGCCUCCGCCAACAGAAUCCCACAGCACACCUAGUACCAGAGCUAGUGUUGUUACCGAAUCUAUGGUCAUUACAACAGAUAAUUCUGAGGGUACAGGCACGCAUACGCCAAAGAUCAGCACCAGUCCGUACAAUGCUACAGUUGCUUCUUAUAAUGAGCUAUUGAAAAGAGAUGUAUAUGUAGUGUUGAGGCUGUUGUGUCGGUUGUCAAUGCAUUCGGAUGAAGGUGCUCCAAAGUUACAAGGUGGAUUGACAAGCAACAACAACCACCAGGACGAAAUCAGUCCCUUGACAACAAAGACUAGAAUUUUAGCCCUCGAAUUGAUCAUGUCAGUCAUGAACAAUUCUGGACCGAUAAUACAGUCUGACGAAUUGUACGUAUCGCUCAUCCGUCAGAGCCUGUGUCUAUCUAUCUCCCGUAAUGCUAUCGCUACGAAUCCCAUGCUAUUUGAAUUAUCAUUAUCUAUAUUUUUAAUGUUGGUCCGAAUGUAUCGUGCCAAAAUCAAGCUAGAGAUUGAAGUGCUACUGAGCACAGUUUUUCUGCAUAUUUUAGAAAUGGGUAAUUCCAGCUACAAGCAGAAAUCUAUGGUAUUACAAGGGCUACUAAAGAUAUCAGAGAAUCCGCAGACCUUGGUAGACUUGUAUUUAAAUUAUGACUGUGACUUGGCUAUGGUUUCUAUAUUUGAAAAGAUUGUAGCAGUAUGUUCUCGAGCCGCUCAAGGUCGAGAAACACCAGCAGCGCCAGCGCCAACUGGUAUAAUGAGUUUGGCAGCCUCUGCAGCUGGCCUGGACUCGAAAUCCGACUUGGUCAAGGCACAAGAAAAAAGGUUGAAACUUCGAGGAUUAUGCUGUCUUGUAGCAAUUAUGAACUCGUUAGUGGAAUGGACGAUCGAUUUAGCUCCAGGUGUGCCCAUAGUAUUGCCAGGUGGGAAAAUCCGUGCUCCCGCCAAACGAGCUGGAUCACCAGCACGACCAAGAGACAGUACCAGCAGGAGUUUACGAGAAUCGGAAGCUGUCCCAAUAGCUUCUACCACUACGACGUUGGCUGGAGAGCCUCGAUCUAUGGAAGCUGCUAAAUCCUCCGCCGGCUCGCUGUCAACCGAAAUCGCUACGAAAUCUCUUCGAGAUGCUCUGGCACCGACGUCACAAUCCAAUCCAGUAGUCGUUUAUAAACAUCCAUUGCAUUCUGUAUCUAUGAGUAAUAUGCCGUAUAAUUUUGUCAACUCAUCAACUGGAUCGUUGAGGUCUGACAAUGGUACGCAGGAAGAUGGUGCCUCUCUAGUAGAAGAAAUGGCUUCCAGAAAGCUACUGUUGAAACAAUGCGUCACGCUCUUUAAUACCAAGCCAGUCAAGGGUAUGGCAGCAAUGAUCGAGAAUGGGUUUGUGCAAAACGAACCUGUUGCAAUUGCCAUGUUUUUAAGAGAAAACAAUACCCUAUCAAAAUCAGCUAUGGGUGACUAUCUAGGAGAAGGUGAUGCAUUUAAUAUUAAGGUGAUGCACUCCUUUAUUGACUCGCUAAACUUUGCUGGACAACCAUUUGUAAAUGCCCUUCGAUCAUUUCUGCAAACAUUCCGUCUACCAGGCGAAUCUCAAAAGAUUGAUAGAAUUAUGGAGAAGUUUGCAGACCGAUAUUGUGAAACCAAUCCCGAUAUAUUCGCUAAAGCCGAUACUGCUUACAUCCUUGCCUUCUCCACCAUCAUGCUGAAUACCGAUCAGCACUCGUCACAAAUAAAACAUCGUAUGGAUAAACCUGCUUUUAUAAAAUCCAAUCGUGGUAUAAAUGAUAAUGCAGAUCUACCAGAAGAGUUCUUGGCCGAUAUCUUUGACGAGAUAUCCAAGAAUGAAAUUGUGAUGGAAGAAGAGCAAGCCGACAAGAUUGCUCGUUUAGCACAAGGAUGGGGAAUGGGUGAAUUGAAUGAACGUCAACGUGUAGAAAUGUAUAGAAAGGAGAUUAGCAUGGUUACCAAAAAGACCGCUGUAGGACUAGCUGUGGCCGGUGAAAAGAAGAACAUUUCACCAUUCAGACCCGCGGCUUCCCCAGAUUUAGCUAGAACCAUGUUUGGAGUAGCGUCAUGGCCCGUCAUGGCUGUAUUUAGUCGUCUUUUUGAAUCUGUCAUGGACGAAGACGAGAGUGAAGAGUCUGCUGGUUUGGACUCGAGCAAGGAGCCACGAGUCACAGACUUGUGUAUACAGGGAAUGGCAUGCUCGAUACGUGUAGCUGGUAUCUUCCGUAUAGAGACUGAGCGCGAUGCAUUCGUCACCUCCUUGGCCAAAAUCACAGGCCUAACAUCUCCGUCUACCGUCAAACCUAAAAACAUUCGAGCCAUCAAGACCUUAAUUGCUCUAGCAAAUAGUUUAGGUGAAUAUUUGGAAACUUCAUGGGUCCAAGUGCUCAAAUGUGUCAGCUUGUUGGAAAGGCUACAAGUCAUUGUCAACAAGUCUUCACAGUUAGGAUCAUCUGGUUUCAACGCAUUUGGUCGUCGUAGUAAUGAGAAUAAACGAAGUGGUGAACAGAAACGGCUAGCAGAUAUCGAAGAAUCCAAAGCUCGAACUACUCGACUUGGAUCUAAGAGUGGUGGCAGCAACAGUAACGGUAGUUUAGAAGCCCUUGAUUUGAUCAAACCAUCUCCAGCUUUAGAGAAACUAUCAGCCGAUUUACAAUCCCAGACUACCGUAGUAGCUCUUGAUCGUAUAUUUACUUCCACUGUAUCAUUGUCGGCUAGUGCCAUCUUCCACUUUUUCCGUGCAUUGUGUCAAGUAUCUGCUGAAGAGAUGGGUAUCGAACCAACUGUCGUGGUCACACCCAGUGUAUCUGCAUCAAUAGCUGGUAGCCCAGCAACUUAUACCAGUCUAUCGACCGUAGCUCCACCUGCGGUUUUGAGUGCUGCUGCAGCAGCUGCAGCCGCCAAUGCUGCUGGAACAGCAAGUGUGAAGGGUGAAACACCGAGAAUGUACCUUCUUUCCAAAAUUGUCGAGAUAGCAUACUAUAAUAUGCCACGAAUUCGAUAUGAGUGGACUCAAAUAUGGAGAAUACUGCAGCCGCAUUUCUCUGCUGCUGCAUGUCAUCAAGAGCUCCAUGUCGCAACAUUUGCUAUUGACUCACUCAGGCAAUUGAGUAUGAAGUUUUUGGAACGUGAAGAGUUAGGUCAUUAUGCAGCUCAAAGUGAAUUCUUACGAAGCUUUGAAUGGAUCAUCAAACACAACUCGGAUGAAAGGAUACGAGAGCUUAUAUUGGGCAGUAUGAGUCAAAUGAUCACAGCCAGAGCCAAGUCUAUAAGGUCCGGGUGGAAAUCCAUCUUUGUCGUAUUAGCUAAAGGUGCUCAACGAGACUCUGAAGGAAGACUAGCCAAACAAGCCUUCUCGAUAGUACAUCUGGUCUUUAGGGAGUACUUUGACGUUGUCACAAAUGCUGGAAGCUUUGUUGACUUUGUGCAUUGUCUCGCCGAGUUUGCCCUACUAGAUGGGCAAGGGCGAGACCAUGAAGAAAUGGUGAUGGGAUCAAUUCAAUUGCUCCAAUAUUGUGCCAAACAUUUGGCCAAGUGGGAUGAAUCGGAUAAAGAGCAGUUUAUCAAGAUGCCCAAACCAUUAGAAUCGCCAGUUGAUAGUCCACCUCGAAUAUCUUCAGACGAAAGCACGGUUGCUAACAUGUCUCCGAAACGAGAGAAUGGAAGGGCGUCUUCUGCUGAUACGGCCAAAUCAGUACCAGCAGCAUUAGGAUUUGUUUCAGAAGAGCAAUUCUUCUUGAAAUGGUUUCCCAUCUUGUCUGCCUUGUCACGAGUAGUUAUUGAUUCAGAUUCAUCUGCUGUUCGAGGCAGAGCACUUGAUGCUUUAUUCGAUGUACUGAAAGUUGCUGGUCAUCGAUUCGAAGGCAAAUAUUGGAAGAAUGUAUAUAGGUCCGUAGUAUUACCGAUAUUUGAGGAUUUGAGAGAUCCCACUUCCCUGUCUGGUCGUAAAGCAAGUUUAGGAUCUCAGAAGGAAGGGCUUCAAGCUGUAUGGAUUCAGACGUUAAGGCAGCUAGUGGACUUGGUGACUGUUAGCUUUGAAAAGUUUACUCUUCAAUCAGAUCAUGCUGCUAUGCUUGAUAAAUUUGAAGGUCUAUUCCAAGGUGUAUUGGACUUGACAGUGUCUAUGCUUGAACGUAGAGAUGAAAAGCUUGCUACUACUGGUCAAAUAUGCUUCCAGCAGCUCUUGACGAAUAAUAUAGCACGUCUUGCCAAGGCUGAUCUAUGGGGUCCUAUGACAGAUGCUUUGGAGAAAGCCUUUAGAGUUACUACACCACACGAGCUAUUAAAUUGUGAACAUGUCAGCUCUCGUAAGACAUCGGUUGUAAAUAAUGACGGAAACCCGAUACCAAAUAGUCCUGCUCGCCCGGCCGCUGAGGACGAUGCUCCGUCUUCACCUAAUCUAGGAGAUAGCAGAAUUGGUGCUAAUGGUGCCGCAUCGCCUCGUAUGUUGAGCAAUGCUAUAGGAGGAUCGACUCCGUCGCUAGCUACUGCAUCAAUGCAAGCUAUAGGACAAUCAGAGGGUAGUCCAGCUCAGAUGAUUCAUGCUGCUGCUAUAGCUGAAGGAAAUCGAGUUGCUAAGGCAGCUUCCGGUAACGCACCGCCAUUACGACUUGAGAAAUUGGAUUUUGAGCAUACCAUCGUCAAAUGUGGUACCCAUCUAGAAUUGAUUCAAGGUGUACGAGACUUGUGUCUAUCAAAGAUGCCCGAUACGAUCCAAUCUACUCCUGCUGAUGGUGGGUUGAACAUAACUAGUGGACCACCAAUGUCAGCAUCACCGAAUGUAAAAAUGUCUGCCGUCAUAACUUUAAUACCGUCUCCCUUCCAAGAACGAUGGCUGGCUUGUGUACAUGGAUCGUAUUGUCUAGCUCGUGCCUUUAAUGCUGAUUACGAGUUACGACAUGCUAUAUGGCGUCGUGGUCUAGUGCAACAAAUGCCGAAUCUGGUAAAGCAGGAAACGGUUGCCAUAUCUACAUUUAUAAAACUCAUGUUUGCUGUAUAUCGAGCACGUGGUGAUAUCAUUGACCCACUAACAGGAAGUGAUGAUAUAGCGGAACAAAUUGCGUCUGAAUCAUGUGAUGUGCUUGAGCGCUUUGUAAGCUUUUUAAGUGAUCAACCACGAAAUGCUCGGGAUAUAAAUCUAUGGAGUCCUGUAGUGGUGAUGGUAUUGAAAGAGUUGCUGGCCAUGGAGAGUUGGUGGACGCCUUCGUCCAGUGGUAGUAAUUCACAACUGGAUGGACCAAUACGAUGCCUGGCAUUACGACGACACUUGCCUAGAUUCUUUAGGCUAUCAAUUCGUGUUAUGGUUGUAGAUAGGGCAGAAGUUAGGCAGACUCUUUUAGAGUUCCUUGAAAAGGUCGCUGAAGUGUUUUUGCCCUCAACGUAG